CUCCCUGUGGAGCGGUACCAUAGCCGCCGGAGCUGACCGCAUCCUUUCCCAAGGACUACGAGAGGACAACAGCUGCUUCAAGAUGAGAUGUCAGAGAGUCCUCACCUACCUGAGGAUAUGUGGGACAACCAUGUUCGGCGUGUCCCUCCUGGUGGGCAUCUCCACAGCCUACAUCAUGGGCUACCAGUUCUUCACCACAACCCGCAAUCACGUAUCCUUCGGGCUGUACGGCGCCAUUUUGGUCGUCCACCUCAUUAUCCAGAGCCUCUUUGCGCUCUUAGAACAUCGAAACAUGCGGCGGUCCUUGGAGACGCCGAUCAAACUGAAUAAGUCCUUGGCGCUGUGCAUUGCGGCGUAUCAAGAGGACCCAAACUACCUGAGGAAAUGCUUGGUGUCGGUGAAGAGGCUGACGUACCCGGGGAUCAAAGUGAUCAUGGUGAUCGACGGGAACACGGACGAUGACUUGUACAUGAUGGAGAUUUUUAAAGAGAUCAUGGGAUGGGACGCAUCGGCCACGUACGUGUGGCGGAGUAACUAUCACAGCAGGGGGCCCAAGGAGACAGAUGAGAGCUACGCCGAGAGCCUCCAGCAGGUCUCCAGGCUGGUGCUGAACAACAAGUGUGUGUGCAUCAUGCAAAAGUGGGGAGGAAAGAGAGAGGUCAUGUAUACAGCCUUCAAAGCACUGGGGAGGAGCAUGGACUAUGUGCAGGUGUGUGACUCUGACACUAUGUUGGACCCAGCAUCAUCGGUGGAGAUGGUGAAGGUUCUGGAAGAAGACCCUAUGGUGGGAGGCGUUGGAGGAGAUGUGCAGAUCCUAAACAAGUACGAGUCGUGGGUCUCCUUCCUGAGCAGUGUUCGGUACUGGAUGGCCUUCAACAUUGAGCGGGCUUGCCAGUCCUACUUUGGUUGCGUGCAGUGCAUCAGUGGGCCUUUAGGAAUGUACCGGAAUUCGCUCCUACACGAGUUCCUUGAGGACUGGUACAAUCAGACUUUCAUGGGAUCCCACUGCAGUUUUGGAGAUGACCGCCAUCUCACGAACAGAGUUCUAAGCCUUGGGUAUGCAACCAAAUAUACUGCUCGAUCAAAGUGUCUCACCGAGACGCCGAUCACAUACCUGCGGUGGCUCAAUCAACAGACUCGAUGGAGUAAGUCAUAUUUCAGAGAAUGGCUAUACAACUCAAUGUGGUUCCACAAACACCAUCUAUGGAUGACUUAUGAGGCUGUGAUCACGGGUUUCUUCCCGUUUUUCCUCAUUGCCACUGCAAUCCAACUCUUCUACCAAGGAAGGCUCUGGAAUAUUCUGUUGUUUCUGCUCAUUGUGCAGGCGGUGGCGCUGAUCAAGGCCUCGUUUGCCAGCUGCCUCAGAGGUAACAUUGUCAUGGUGUUCAUGUCGUUCUACUCUGUACUGUACAUGUCAAGCCUGUUGCCAGCCAAAAUGUUCGCAAUAGCAACAAUCAACAAGUCUGGAUGGGGGACCUCUGGGAGGAAAACGGUAGUGACAAACUUCAUUGGUCUGAUUCCUAUAUCAGUUUGGUUCACCAUCCUCUUCAUUGGGAUUAUCUACACAGUUGUCCUGCAGACUAGAAAACCCUUUCCUGAAUCAGAGAAGAUUGUUCUGGUCGUAGGAGCAGUCGUCUAUGCCAGUUACUGGGUCAUACUGUUGACGUUGUAUACAGUGCUCAUAAAUAAGUGUGGGAAGAGGAAGAAGGAAACAGACUAUGAUAUGGUGCUGGAUGUAUGA